AUGAUUAAUAAUCUAAUAUUUACUCCUGAGCAGUUUGCGACAAAUUACUAAAUCAAUUUUUCGAAAUUAUUAGGGAAAGGGCAUGAUAGUACAGUAUUUUUGACAAUGGACAAACAAUCGAAAUAACAAUAUGCAUUAAAAUGUUUAGCUCAAACAACUGAGUAAAAUGCAAUUAACCUAUUCGUAAUUUUCUAAUAAUAUUUUGAAGAGAACGAGAUCCAAAUCCUUCGUCACAUUCAACAUCCAUAUAUUAUAUAGAUGAUUGGAUAUUGUUCAGAUUGUUCUUGUAUGCUUCUUGAAUUAAUGCCUUUUGGCUCCCUCUACAAAGUAUUACUAUCAGGCCCUCUACCUCUUGCUAUAGCAAAUGGCAUAACUCUCUAAAUAGCAGAAGCUCUCUCUUAUCUACAUUCUAAAGGAAUUACUCAUGGAGAUCUUAAGUUAGAUAACUUACUGAUCUCUCUUGAUUUCAAAGUUAAACUAUGUGAUUUCGGCUUUGCUAAAAUAAAUGGAUCUACUCCUAUACCUAAAGCUACAAUAUCAGGUAGUGAAGGAUACACAGCACCUGAAAUUUGGCAUAUUCCAUAAGAUCUUAAAAAAUGUGAUAUGUUCUCUUUGGGUGUUGUUUACUUUAUCAUGGUUACUGGACAUCCUCCUUUUGAAUCAAAUAAUCCAUCAACUGAAGAUUCUUGGUGGAAAUUAAUAAAAAAUGAGAAUUGGAGCAUAUUUUGGAAAGAAUUAAAAUUAACUAUUUUACCAGAAUAUGUAAGAAACAUUAUAUAAAAAUUACUUUGUGUUAAUUUUUAAUUUAGAUAUUCCGCAGAUGAAAUACUGCAAAUACUUAUUGAUAAAUCAGCUACUUCGGAAUAAAUUACUGAUGAAGUUAAAAAAAGACUUAAUCAAAAAAAAUGA